AUGUUUGGAGCCAAACUGCCUAAGAAAGAAAAAGAUAUUACCAAUAAAUUAGCUCUGAUCUUAAAGAAUCAAGGAUUACUUACAGGAAGUGCAGAAGAAGCUAUCAAGAAUGCUAAGAGCUUCUAUGAUGACUACAAUGGUAUCAUGAAUGUUCCAGCUUCAAAUUCCCCAGUUGCUUUAGAUCACGAUCAGAGAUCUCAUAAUAGAGCGUUAAUGGAGAUGCAACCAAUAUACUCAGACCCUCCACCAAAGAUUGAUGAGAGCGAAUUAGCAUACAAAGAAAUACAGAAUGCCUUUUACGUUGUUAAGAACAUUAAUGGUCAAAAACUUCCUGAUGAGAAAUGGUUAGACCCAAUAACUAAAGCAGGAGAAAGAUUCAUUAUGUUUAACAUUGACCAAUACAGUCCAAGAGGAAAAGAUUACUUCAACAAGAUGUUUCCAAGAGUUAUGGCAAAGUUCAUUGGACAGAUAGACCUUUUCAAACAGAAGUGGACAUUCUAUUACGACUUUGAUGAGAAGAGAAACAUUUUGCGUCAUUUGAACAUCAAUACAAUGGGAUCAUUAGUUCAUCAGUUACUUAAUGAAGCUCCAAUAGCAGAAGUACAAGAAUUAGCAUCUAAAGUCCUUGAAUCAAACUAUGACUUCUUCCUUUGUAGUAUUCCUUCGUUAAGGAAGAUCGAGAUCUUUGACUAUACAGCUUAUUCAGAUGUUGAUGCUUCUGCUUUGAGAAAAGGAACGUACACACCAUAUAAACUCACAGCUGAAGAACAAGUUAUGUUAGAUACGAUGAGAGCAGCAGGUCAAGAAAAGAUCGCACUCAAGAUCAUCAAACAAAACCAUUCAAAGAAGAGAAACAGGUCACGUAAUGGUCAGCUUUGGACAUGGACAUGCAAAUUACCUAUUAACUUAGAGAGGUAUCAGAUCUUCAACGAACUUAAUGCAGAGACAGCAAAGAAGAUGAUGAAAGAUUCAUGUUUCAUCUACGCUUGUAUUCAAGCUG